AUGGCUGAGGAGAAGGACAUGUGGGCUCAGGCCGACCAAGGCAGUUACAGCCAGCUCACAGGGUAUGAUUUACCGGUUGAGAAUCUCAAGCUCCCUGCCGACUUCAUCUGGGGUGCGGCGACAGCGGCCUAUCAGGUUGAAGGGGCUGCCACACAGGACGGCAAAGGCAAAUCGAUCUGGGAUGUGUAUUCCCAUCUCGAGCCUUCGCGCACCAAUGGCGCCAAUGCGGACAUCACCUGCGACCACUACAACCGGGUUGAAGAGGAUGUCAAGCUCCUCAAAUCUCUAGGCGCAGACACCUACCGGCUUUCCAUUGCAUGGUCGCGGGUAAUUCCCCUGGGUGGCCGUGACGAUCCAGUUAAUGAAGCCGGCAUUGCUUUUUAUAACCGGCUCAUCGACACUCUCUUGGAGAAUGGGAUUAAGCCGUCCGUUACUCUCUACCAUUGGGAUGUGCCCCAGGCCUUAUAUGAUCGAUACAAAGCAUUUCUGAAUACAGAAGAGUUCCGUGCUGAUUUUGAACGAUACGCUCGCCUAUGCUUCUCGCGCUUUGGCGAGCGUGUUAAGUCUUGGGUUACUUUUAACGAGCCGUACAUUAUCUCCAUCUUUGGGCACCUCAACGGGAGCCUGGCCCCUGGCCACUGCGCCGACGUUGGGACGGACACCAAGACAGAGCCAUGGCGCGUCGGACAUGCGCUCAUCCUAUCGCAUGCUUCAGCCGUGAAGAUCUACGCCGAAGAAUUUCGCCCGCAGCAGCAUGGAGAAAUAUCCAUUGUGCUCAAUGGCCACUUCUAUGAGCCUUACGAUGCAGCCAGCGAAGCCGACAUAAAUGCCGCACAAGUCAGACUGGAGUUUUAUAUCGGCUGGUUUGGCGACCCCAUCUACCUGGGGAAAGACUACCCUGCCUCGAUGAAGGAGUAUCUUGGCUCACGCCUCCCCAGCUUUACAGAGGAGGAUCUGGCGCUUCUCAAGGAGACUUACAAGAUCAACACUUUCUAUGGGAUGAAUCACUACUCCACCAAGUUCGCCCGGCAACUUACUACAACUCCGGCGCAGGACGACUGGACUCGGAAUAUUGAGGAGUUAGCUAUAAACAGCAAAGGUGAAGAGAUUGGGCCUGCAUCGAGCAUGCCAUGGCUGAGGAUCGCCCCUGAGGGAUUCCGGAAACUACUGAAUUGGGUCUGGGAUCGAUAUCACGUCCCCAUUCUUGUAACUGAGAAUGGAUGCCCCUGCCCAGGCGAGGAGAAUGUUAGCAUCGCCCUGGAUGACCAGUUCCGCCAGAGAUAUUUCGGUUUGUACUUGGACUCCAUCUCACGUGCGAUAUACGAGGAUAAGGUGAAGGUUCUGGGCUACUAUGCUUGGUCGUUGAUGGAUAACUAUGAGUGGUCAUCAGGCUACGGUCCUCGUUAUGGAAUCGUUCACGUUGAUUUCGAUACGCUGAAGAGGACGCCGAAGGGAUCGGCAUACUACCUUCGAGACACGUUUGAGGAUCGUAGGAAGACGGAGCAGGCAUAG